UGGAUGCUGUGGGAGGUGGUGAAGUUGGAUGAAGAGAGACAAGCUUUGUUUCUGGACAGCUCACUCGCUCACAGUCACGAGAGCAAGACAUGUACCCUAAUAUUACAGGAACUAGACUUUCUUAGAACUUGAGAACAAAUAUCUUUUAUUACAUGAAAAUACAUGGCCUUGUCAGUAAAUCCAAAAUGAAUGAAUGACCAGUGAGUUUAAAUGGCACAGAUCACAUUUGCAGCAGCCACUGUUGUCAUAAAGUAAUCCCAGAUUGGAAGAAAACAAAAGUUUGAAGAAAUUCAGUACUCAGAGGUAAAGUGCAAAAUGCUCUACUAUUUUCAAGUGUGAUGGUAUCAUGCUUGCAAAACUGGCCUCCAUGAAAAGAAUGAGGAAAGUUUUAGCCUUGCCAAGCAUUUUUGAAAAUUGUUUUAAAAUACUCUGUAGAACAAAGAUUACAGACAUGCUUGGGCUAACCUGAGACCUUUUGUGAGAUUAUUAGACCAGCUAGAUUUUUCUUGUCUUCCAGUACUGUUUUCCUGCUCUGUAGUAGUGGUCGGGUUGUGGCAUUAAGCAUGUGCUGGGCAAGAAGGCUAGCCAGGCAUUCCCAGAGGAGUCAGGUGACCACCGUCUGAAGGCAGCUGCCUGAGGUUCAAGGCAGUCAGUGUCCUCCUCUCUUCUGCCCUGGGACGGCUGCUAUUCACCCGACUCUUUAAGGAGAGAUUAUGUGGUGGACUUUUGGUUGAUCUAAUGGGAAUCACAUUGAUCUGGUGUCUGGCUUUGGUUCUGAUCAAGUGGAUCACCUCUAAGAGACGUGGAGCUAUUUCCUAUGACAGUUCUGAUCAGACUGCGUUGUAUAUUCGCAUGCUAGGAGAUGUCCGUGUGAGGAGCCGCGCAGGAUUUGAAACAGAAAGAAGAGGUUCCCAUCCGUACAUUGACUUCCGUAUUUUUCACUCUCAAUCUGAAAUUGAAGCAUCAGUCUCCGCCAGGAACAUCAGAAGGUUACUAAGUUUCCAGCGAUAUCUCAGAUCUUCACGAUUUUUUCGGGGUGCCACAGUUUGUAGUUCUCUAAACAUUUUAGAUGAGGAUUACAAUGGACAAGCCAAGUGUAUGCUGGAAAAAGUUGGAAAUUGGAAUUUUGAUAUCUUUCUGUUUGAUAGACUAACAAAUGGAAAUAGUCUAGUAAGCUUAACCUUUCAUUUAUUUAGUCUUCAUGGAUUGAUUGAGUAUUUCCAUUUAGAUAUGGUGAAACUCCGUCGAUUUUUAGUUAUGAUUCAAGAAGAUUACCACAGUCAGAAUCCUUACCACAACGCAGUCCAUGCUGCGGACGUGACUCAGGCCAUGCACUGUUACUUAAAGGAACCUAAGCUUGCCAAUUCUGUGACUCCUUGGGAUAUCUUGCUGAGCUUAAUUGCAGCUGCCACUCACGAUCUGGAUCACCCAGGUGUUAAUCAGCCGUUUCUUAUUAAAACCAACCAUUAUUUGGCAACUUUAUACAAGAAUACCUCAGUCCUGGAGAAUCACCACUGGAGAUCUGCAGUGGGCUUGUUGAGAGAAUCUGGUUUGUUCUCACACUUGCCACUGGAAAGCAGGCAAGAGAUGGAGGCUCAGAUAGGUGCUCUGAUACUAGCCACAGACAUCAGUCGCCAGAACGAGUACCUGUCAUUGUUUAGAUCUCACUUGGAUAAAGGUGACUUACACCUUGACGACGGCAGACAUAGGCAUUUGGUUUUACAGAUGGCCUUGAAAUGUGCUGAUAUUUGUAACCCAUGUCGGAACUGGGAAUUAAGCAAGCAGUGGAGUGAAAAAGUAACGGAGGAAUUCUUCCACCAAGGAGAUAUAGAAAAAAAGUACCAUUUGGGUGUGAGUCCACUUUGUGAUCGUCAGACUGAGUGUAUUGCCAACAUCCAGAUUGGUUUUAUGACUUACCUAGUGGAGCCUUUAUUUACAGAGUGGGCCAGGUUUUCAGACACCAGGCUGUCACAGACAAUGCUCGGACAUGUGGGGCUGAACAAAGCCAGCUGGAAGGGACUGCAGAGACAACAGCCCAGCAGUGAGGAUGCCAGUGCUGCAUUUGAGGUGAACUCACAGUCAUUAACUCAGGAAAACCGGGUAUCAUAACCAGUGGGACACUCUCCUGCAAGACUAUGGAAAUGUGAAAUGGUCUUGGGGUAACUGGUUCUGACUGCUGAGGUGUCCAAGGGAAUGAUGCCAGCAUCAUUUGUCAAGAUGUCUUCUGUUGGAUCAUAUGAGCCCACUUUUUAAUGGUAAGACGUGAACAUACAGCAAUAUGCAUCUGGCUUUUGUAUGAAACCUUAAGUAUAUGUAAAGCUCGGUGGGAGACCCGGAAAGGAUUAACAAAGGAAGAUGUUUUUAGGUGUGCCAUGUGCUUUCAAAGUGUGUAUCCUUCAAGCCCUGAAACUUGAACUCAACCUCAGCAGCAAUCUUGAUGCAACCAGUCCAGUACAAUAGCGCAUCUGUCCCUUCCACUACAUUCUCUCUGAGAAAACAGAAAUGUGAAGUGCCCAGCCUCUGCUGCCUCUGGCAAGAAUCACUCAAUGUUUACAAAUCACAUCUGAAAUACUGGUUCUCAAUUGUGAAGGAACCCUUCCUGGCCGUUCUCAGCUGAGCUGGAGGCUGCCGCUCCUCGCAGCCUUUGCCUUUCGGAUGUCAGUGUCAGCCACACCUCCCACUUUCUGUGCUCCCACUUCUGUGCUCUGGAGACUGAGCAGGCACUUACCACAGCUACACACGAAGCUUUCCACUCCAGCGCUGCUUGGCAAUGCAGAUUCCUUUUUUAGCUGUUAGUUUUUAACUUGGGGUGGGAGGGAAGGAACACCAAUGUCCUAGCUGUGUUCUGACUCUGCAGUGAAAACACUGCAUGUUGUUUUCACUACUGUACACUUGAUCUACACAUGCAAGAAAAAGGUGGAAUGUUUAACAUACCAUAAUCAGCUCAGGGUAUUUGCCAAUCUGAAAUAAAGUGGGAUAGGGCAGUGUGUCCUUCAAAUCAAGGGUACUAAAGUCCCUUCGCUGCAGUGCGUGAGAGGUAUGUUGUGUAUGGCUGUGUGGAUGUGUGUUUGUGUGCAUGUGUGUGCAUGUAUGACUGUGCAUGUUCUGUCCAUCCAUGUGGGAAAGGAUUAGAAAUGUAAGCUUUUAUUUAUUGUUCUAGAAUGUGACAUAGUGAGCAGCCACACUUGGGGGAGGGAAGGGAGGUGAAGCUGGAGAUUGCUCCAGAUGCCUUAAACUAUGCACAAAGCUAAGUGACCAAACUUCUCAUUUUGAUUUGAAAAGUGCAUUGUUUUCUUGUCCCCCUCCCCCACUUUGAUGAACCAUUACCCUUUGGUGGAACUUUUGAUGUGAAUAGAUGUUUUCUAGGAUAAAAUUUAAGGACUAGUUUUCAACGUAAAACAUUCCACUUUUGUAAUGUGUUUUCAGUGGUCUGUGUAGAGCAAGCACAACUGUACACUGUUGAAUGGUGCUUCUUCGAGUUAACGUGUACCCCUUGUUACUGUUAAAGACUGUUUACUAUGUUUACAGCUUGUUGCAACAGCCAUCUUCUUGGGAGAAAACUUGAGUGUAAAGCCAUUUGUAAAAGGCUUUGCCACACUCAUUUAAACAUGUGCCUGUUGCUGUUACCUUUUGAUGAAUAAAAACUGGUCUUUUCUCA